AUGGCGCCGGCCACUUCAACAUCCGCCCAAGGUGGCAUGUUUCACACCUUCCAGGGUGUGACUCCCAGGAAACCAGCUUCAGAGCAACAACAAGAGAACCCCAAAUCUAGCAGUUCUGCUGCGGCAAAGAGGAUAACAACGCCCCAUGCGUGUGCUGAGUGCAAACGCCGCAAGAUUCGAUGUGACGGCCAACAACCUUGUGGCCAAUGCCUCUCGAGCCGUGCUCCUAAGCGUUGCUUCUACGACAAGCACCGCCAACGCGUGAUCCCUUCACGCAAAACCCUUGAGGCUCUAUCUCAGUCGCUGGAAGAGUGCCGGUCAAUUCUGAACCGGCUAUAUCCCAGCCACGACGUCCAGUCUCUCCUGCCACUCUCGCGGCAUGAGCUUCUAGAUCUUCUCGACCGCCCUUAUAUCGACACAUCUCUACACGGACUUCCAUCACCACCCCUCACAUCGCCAACUCUCAAUGGCGAGCUUGAUUCACCGAUCUGUUCUACCUCAGGUGAGACCUUGUCCAACCUCGAGCAGUUGCCUGGCCGCGAUACAGAGUGGGACGAGGAGCGGAGAGGCAGGGAACCAAUCCCAGUGGAAGCGGAUGAUGUCAACGCCCUUUCACUCUCUGUCGACCGACAGACCUCCUACCUGGGAGCGUCCUCUAUCAAGGCUGCAUUGAUGGUCAUGCUCAAGGUCCAGCCUCAGCUCCGAAAUGCUCUAGCCGCACCCCUCAAUACCUCUGAAAUUCCACACACCUUUCCCGCAGCUCGAACCAAGUCAUCGACGCAAAAGGACCCACAAAGGAUCCCGUGGUCAUGGAAAGGCCAAACUCUCAUCGACGCCUACUUCAAGAGGAUCCACGUAUUCAUCCCGAUGCUUGACGAGACGUCUUUCCGGGCCGACUAUCUGGAGGGUCAGCGAUUUGACGUUCCCUGGUUGGCUCUUGUCAACAUGGUGUUCGCAAUGGGCAGUAUCGUGGCGAUGAAGUCAGAUGAUUACAACCACGUCAACUAUUAUAACCGAGCAAUGGAGUUCUUGCCUCUGGAUGCCUUUGGAAGCAGUCACAUCGAGACUGUACAAGCCCUGGCCUUGAUCGGCGGCUACUAUCUCCACUAUAUCAACAGGCCAAACAUGGCCAAUGCCGUUCUCGGCGGCACCAUCCGGAUGGCAAGUGCCCUUGGUCUUCACAGAGAAAGCCUUGCGCAGAGCACCAGCGACGUGUCUGCUGCUGAGACCCGGAGACGCACUUGGUGGAGCCUGUUCUGCUUGGAUACGUGGGCGACCACAACUAUGGGCCGCCCCUCAUUCGGCCGCUGGGGAUCUGCGAUCAACAUUCGAGCUCCUGAAUUUGGAAUUAACUCCUCCCGAGACUCGUCCCAGCACGCAGGCAUCCUGCCUUUGAUUGAGAACAUCAAGUUCUGCAAGAUCGCAACUGCCAUCCAGGACACGCUGGCUGUAGCGCCCCUCGUCUCAACCGAAGACCGCCACAGCCUGGACGGCCAGCUAGUCAACUGGUACAGCAGCCUGCCCUGGCUCCUGCGGACCACAGAUCCCUGCGCGGAACCGCUCUACAUCGCCCGCUGCAUCAUGAAGUGGCGCUAUCAGAACCUUCGCAUGCUCCUCCACCGCCCGGUGCUCCUCAGCCUCGCCAGCGCCAACGCACAGGAAGCGACAGACGUGGACAUCGCGGCGGUCGAGACGUGCCGGGAGCUCGCCAAGCACACCAUCGACGACAUCGCGCGGGAGUGGACGCGCAACCAGAUGCAAGGGUGGAACGCGGCCUGGUUCCUGUACCAGGCGGCCAUGGUCCCGCUCGUGUCGGUGUUCUGGCAGUGGAACAGCCCGCGCGUGCCCGAGUGGAACAAGCAGAUCGAGACGGUCAUCGAGCUCCUGGACGCCAUGGAGGACUGGUCGCUGGCGGCGCGCCGCAGCCGCGAGGUCGUGUGGCGCAUGUACGAGGCCAGCCGCACCAUCGCGCACACGCGGUCCGAGGCGUCGUCGGCCGCCGCGGCCGCCGCGCCCCUGACGCCGGGCUCGCUGCACAGCCUGGCCAUCAGCACGGACAUGGGCGCGCUCCUGGCCGGGUCGCCGGGCUCGGAGCUGCACAUGUCGCCGAUCGGGCUGGGGCCCGACGGCAUCCCCAUCAUGGACAUGCUGGACCAGCAGGGCCUGCUCAUGGACCACGAGGGCAGCAUGUACUGGGGCCAGGCGGCGGACGACAUGGGCCUCGACCCCUACUCGGCGGCAGGCGUCCACGACGGCGGCAUGGGCUUGGGCCACCAGCAGCCCAUCGACUACGGCAUGCUGACGGGGGCUGGUGGCCACCCCGGCUCGCUGGACGGCGCCUAUCCUUUCGUCCACUGA